CCCAUAAUUCACUGCGCUCAAGUCUUUCGAGAGGACGUUACGAUAAGGGCACAGCCAGAGCAGAACCAUUAUAUCUGACUGAAGAUGGCUGAUGUUAUUGAGGAGAAGAUCAAGAACUACAGAACGGCUCCAUUUGAUGCCCGUUUCCCAAACACCAACCAGACGAGGAACUGCUACCAGAAUUAUCUAGACUUCCACAGGUGUAAUAAGGCUUUGUCAAGCAAAGGGCAGGAUACCUCUCCCUGUGAAUGGUAUCAGAGAGUCUACAAGAGCCUGUGUCCAAUUAGCUGGGUGGGGAAAUGGGAUUCACAGAUCGAGGAUGGAAGCUUCCCUGGAAAGAUCUAAAUGGUCGCUGUUACUUUUGAAUUUUAUGAACUCCCAACUAUUUGUAGAGUACCUCAUAAUAUAUUACUCUGUUUUGAUGUCUUGAGUAUCGGUUUGCCCUGCUGAAGGAUGAAAGGUCAUUCAGAUUGAAAUGUUAUGACCUUUUUACCAACAGCAGUUUGAGGUCCUACGUUAGCAUUAAGCUGUCACUCUACAUCUUGCUUAUGCAAUUUACAAAAUAAAAAAGCGCACAAUUUCAACUGAUGUUUGUUUAUUUUUGUGUAGCAGAAUUUACAGGUAAACACGAGAACAGUGUAGGCUGAAGAAAGACUUUUAAUAACAUAAAUGUACUGUAGAAAGUAGUUUCUGACUAGAGAAUAGUCUGAAGUAAGCUUCAACACUUGCAAAAAUUCAUAGGCUGCUUGGUGUACAAUCUCAAGUCAACAGCAGUUAUACUCUUGCAGAAGGUCACUGACUACUACAUUAGCCUUUUGGUGGAAAGAUUCUGGUUGGUUGAGGAAAAAAUACUAUUCCAGGCCUUAAAGUA